CCGCGCCGGGGGCCGAGCCGGCGUGGGGCCGGGGCGGGGUUGAGGAGGCCGGCCCGGGGCUGAGGCCGCGCCGGUUUCAAUGUCUGCUCUUCGGCCGCAGGAAUAAGCCAGAGGCAAGAAGAACCAUUUUAAUCUUCACAGAUGUGGACCAGGAGAGAUCUUAAGGAAACUGAGACACAAUCUAUGGAGACUCUUUGAAACCUCUAAAAACACAUUAAGCAAAGGUUUCCUGCGGAUACCAUGACGAUCACGGUGGUGUAUGAUAAUUCAGAGGCAACGGAGCUCUGCGCGGCUCAGCACCUCUACCUCAAGCCCAUAGCAAAGUUGAUGAUCAAUGUGUUGCUCCCGGAGAGCACGGAACCCAUGAGGCCCUUCUCUAACUGGGAAGUUCUUGACCAGCUGAAGAGCCUGAUUUGUCCUGACCAGUUCACCACAGUGCGGCUCUCCAAGAGCACCAAGGACUUCAUCCGAUUUGAGGGCGAGGCUGAAACUCGAAGUUUGGUUCAGAUCCUGAAGGCCAAGUUACAUGGGAAGAUCAUCAAGCUAAGCGGUUUGAAAACAGACUUAAGAGUAGUGGCGACAGAUGCCCAGGGAGAGUGGGAACACUUCCCCAAGGAAAAGAGGGCCCCAUUGGGUGACGGGUCUGAAGAGCAGGACCACGAUAAGAGCCCAGAUUCCAUAUACUUCGAAGGCCUGCCCUGCAAGUGGUUUGCACCUAAAGGGUCCAGUGGGGAGAAGCCAUGUGAAGAGAUCCUUCGGGUGGUCUUUGAAAGUUUUGGGAAGAUCAAGAAUGUGGAUAUCCCGAUGCUCGACCCCUACCGAGAAGUCAUGACUGGUGGGAGCUUUGGGGGGUUCGGCUUAGGCUUGCAGACGUUCGAGGCUUUCAUACAGUACCAAGAGUCAACUGACUUUGUAAAGGCCAUGGAGUCCCUCCGUGGGAUGAAGCUGAUGCUUAAAGGAGAUGAUGGGAAAGCUUUGGCAUGUAACAUUAAGGUUAUGUUUGAUACAACCAAACACUUCAGUGAAGGCGCUAUAAGGAAGAGAAAUCAAGAGAGGCUGAAAUUACAAGAGCUGGAGGAAGAAAGGAAAAAAGAAAAGAAGAGAGAAGAGGAAGAGGCUGAAAGAAAGAGAAAAGAGGAGGAGAGGAAAGCCCAGGAAAAGAGGAGAAAAGCCAGAGUCAGGAGGCGUGCCCUGAAGGAAAGGGGCAGACACCGGCAGAGGAGACAGAAGGACAGCGCCAAGGUGGAGGCCCAUCAGGGGCCCAAUCCGUCCGAGGACCAGGAGGAGAGGAAGGCCUUGCUGGCCCAGAGGUGGCUCCAGGCCCUCCGCCUGCUGCAGAUGCUCCUGAAGAAAAUUGCAGGGUCCAUACAAUUUAACCCACGGAAGGUAGAUGUUGCAGGCUCCAAAGCUAAUCGUGCUCCGGGGACCACACUGGGAACUCUGAAGAAAGAAGAGUUAAACACUCAGUAUCUUCAAAAUCAGGAGGAAAUGCCAAGAUACCAGGUUUCCAAGUCAGAUAACAAACAAAAACAAAAAGUGAAGAAAAAAGCUAGGGCUCACUUACGUAAAUCUUCCCACCACCUUGGGGAAAAGAAAUUAAGAUAUUCAGCUAGAAAAGAGAGAACUGGAAAAUUAUUAACCAAUGAAUACAGUCACAGUUUGCUCCCUGACCAGAAUUCCUUGCAGAUUGCAAUGAUUCAAGGUCAACCUCUUGAGAAAGAAGACCACCAUGAUUCUAAUAAGUCCUGUUCUUCCAGCUUAGUCGAGAGAGACCAUGGCAGGAAACAGAAGAUCUAUGAAACAGAUGAAUUUAUUGACUAUCUUUUAAACUAUUACCAAACUCCAGAGUAUGCCCGUAUCUGCCUAGAACCAAGUCACAUAACAAGCACAUGUCAGUGGCAGAGGACCAUCCACGCGAAAGGAAAUGGCUUUCAAAUCAAUUUGAGAAAACAUGAGCAUCACUCAAGCAGUUUGAGCCAAACGCAAAACCUAGAGAGGAGAGAACAGGGGCAGGAAGAUGAUUCCUGUACUCAGGAUCCUGAGCAUAAACCACAAAAGAAAGCAAGAGUAGAUUAUGCCAGAGAAUGGACUAAGGAGUUUAAGCAUCAUUGCAAGGACACAGUCAGUGAAGCUGGUGAUCAGCUGUCCCCGACUGAUGGAAAGAGCCAUCUGUUGGAAAAGACUUAUGCUUACCAGAUCCAAGAUUCCAUAUCCACAAGUCAAAGCCAAGUUUCCUCGCCCAGCAGGUCAGCAAACUUUGACUUGGAGUUGACAGAUUUCUUAGAGGAAAUUAGCAGUGAUUCUGAAUGUUUCAGUGAAAUCCUUAGCGUAAACGAAGAGGAGAAAGAGAAAUCUGUGGCCACAUACGAUAGCUUCCCAAAAAAGGGAUCUCUUGAUGCUGAUGAAAUCAUCACUUGCGAUCCAGAAAUUGGGUCAAGUCAGCAGACCUUGUAUUCAGAGUGGAAACAUGAUGGGGAGGAAAAAUACUCUGAAUACAAGCUUAGGAAACCAGGCAAGAGGUCUAAUUAUGAACUGAGAUAUUCACGGCUUGAGGAUGAAGACAAUUCUAUUAGAGAUGAGAAGAGCAACAGCAAAAAGAGGGAAAUACUGGCCUCCAAAUACUUAUUUGAUAAAGGCUACCACCACGAAUCCAGCGCCAGGGAUCAGUUAGACCCUAUCCCAAGAAAGAGGAGGUGGUGUAGUGAUAGUACAUUUGACCAGAAAGUGAACUAUAGGCCCUUUCAUGUGCCGAUAACAUCAUCAAAAAGUGCUAAUGCUUCCUACUUGGGGAGUUUUCCCAAAAGAAGAGCGACUCUGCGGAAGUCAGAAUAUAACCGGGAUGCAAGGAGGUUUAGAAGACAUGAGAAUUCUGAAGAUUUCAUGCUGAAUUCUGAUAAUUACUAUGUUAGAUAUAACAGUCAGGAGCACAUUGACUACAGAAGCUAUUUAGGAAACCACUACAGUAGCUCCUUAUAUUUUCAAAUGUUUCGAACGUCUCUUAGAUCAGGAAACCCUUAUUCACAAUAAAAACAUGCAAGAAGAAAAUCUAAGACCAAAUGUAGCUAUGUAGUUAGCAACUACAGAGCAAGAGAGCAAAACUUAGGAGCUUGAGCAAGGUCAAAUGCAAAACCUUGUUUCUCUUGCCAAAGUGUAAAGCAUAGAUCUGAGUGUGUGUGUGUGUGUGUGUGUGUGUGUGUGUGUGUGUGUGUGUGUGUGUGUUGCAGGUGUGUUGGCAAACUUUGGAAACACAAAACAUCCAGAUUCUGAAGGUUGGUAAAACAGUGUGCUUGCAAAACUUCCUUAUCCAAGGACAGACAUUUCUACAGUUCGAUUGCAACUUCAAUUUGGUGCCAUCAAAGGAGCAAAUAAACGUCAAGAGGAGUUAAGAUAGCCCUCCCUCUGUAGCUCUUCAGCUGUCAUAACAUUACCCUGUAGCAUCAUUUAACUUCAAAGGAAAUGGCAGUGAACGAAUAAGGAUCUUUCUUCUUAUUCUUUGGUCAGAACACCAUGUGCAGCAACAAACUUUCCUGACUUUUAUCUAGAAAUACCUACAGAUAAAAGAAGAGAGAUGACACCUACAACGUAUAAUAGACUUCUUCAUGACAUUAGGGGGUUCCAUGAGCAUCCACUAGAAAGAAAUUAAUCUUAUGAAUAUGUUCAGAGGACUCAAAGAGUUGUCCUUUUAGAAACAGAGCCUUGGAAGAAGAAUCUAAAAGGGGCUCAGAUUGUCCUUUGAGGCUUAUACAGAUAUUGGACCGUUAACAGAGUUCUGUUUUGUUUUGUUUUUUUGGGAAGAACCUCAUGUCAUUCCAUCCUAGAAAAGCAACAGGAUUAAAGCGAUAUAACGUGGGAUUUGCCAAAGGAAAUAUUGAACGAUCCUGGGGCACCAAUAAUGGCACUUGGGAAGAGAGGACGUGACAGUAUUCCAUUUCAGGUUAUGUAAUCCUUUCACUCAGGGUUGGGUGACAUCAGUUUGUAAAAAGCCACUGAAUAUCCCCAAACUGACUUUUAUAAAACAGUAACAAGUGCCUCCUCAAUCCUCAAUAAUGCCAUGGAGUUAGGAAGAAUCAAGGGUAAAGCCCAUAGUUUUCUAGUGGGGGAAAAAUUGUAUGUGUGCAGGAUUUGUAAACUCUUAACAUAAACAGUUUAUCUUUUUACCUACUGGUUUUGGACUCCUUGAAUAUGUUUUUAAAUUGAGAUAUUUUAUAGAUUCGUAAAGACAUACAUCUUAAUGCAGUGCAUGUUCUGUUGAAAGCUUGGCUGAUUCAUUCUGCCUUAUAUUGGAUUUAGGACCUCAGGGGGCAGUAGAUGACUUUUUUUCUUCCAACGAAGCUAUAGCUGACAUGGCAAUUGAAGACCUCAAUGAGAUUAGAUUGCAUGCAGCGGGAAAAGGUGAUUUGAAUCCACCGAAGUAGCGGAAGGCAACAUUUUCAUAUGACAUGAUUUAUUUUAAACAGCCCUAACUUGAUAGUCCAUAGAAAAGUACCAGCAAGGUAAGAUGCCAGUCAGUGUGGUUGCCCAGAAUGACGAGGCACGAUGUGUGCUCAUAACCAGCCUCUUGAGCAACCUGAUACCUGAAACGGCUAUAAGAUCUUCUAAUCGAUCUAAAGAAAGAGCCACAAGUUGUUGUUUUGAUCUCUUCUAAUCGCAUGUAAUAGAGGUAUGCCAGUACAUGCAAAAGUUCAGACGUGAAUGUAGCAUAGCAGGUUGAUUGUUAUCAGUGAAUGAUCCAUUGGCUCUCUUAUAGUCAGUUCCAUUUGCGAGCCAGUGACUCUGUCAUCCAAACUAGGCUUGGCUUGUCCAAUCUGAAAAAUCUCUCCUAGGGUGAGUGCCUUUUCUCCUCUGAGGACUAGCAAUGCCUAUUAUUGUUCAGAGUACUAUUAUCCGGAGUAGCCUUUUAAACUACUAACAGCUUGUAUUUUGUCAGACAACAUUUGGUAACCAGGUAUUAAUCUCCUCCAAUGAGACCCCGCCUCCUUAUUUUUUUCAUGUUUCGUGCCCUGCAAACAAAGAACAUUAUGGGUUUGUAAUGGAAAGCAGCUAUGCUUGUUUUGGAAAAAACAAACAAACAACUGAAUCUCUUCUGUCAUUUGAUAAUCUUUCUUUGCAGAGAUUUUAGGCAUGAAAACAAUUUGCUGCUCAGUAACCAGACAUAAAAAAAAAAAAUAAAUUGCAGAAUACAGCAUGCGCAAUUGAAAAAAACUUUUUGUAUAAUAGAACUGGUGCUAAGUCACUUCUCUCAUAUUUUGGUCUUGUUUUGUUUGCUAAAUACCGUCCUGGGACCUAGAAGAAAGUAAAAAUACUGGUUUUAUGUUUACUUUCCGUACAACCUUGGAUUUUUAUGUCUUGUGGUAAUACAGUCUAGAUUUGGGUAAACCUCUUUUUUUUUUUUCAGUGUUUAGGCCUUAAACAAGGAAGAGAACAAUUUAUCCUGAACUUUUCAAAUGGCUUAGUAAGGGUGAAAUAGAACCGGAAACGUUGCAGUCACUUUGUAUUAAUUAAGUUAUUGUUCGUUGUGCUCUUAUUUAAGUGGUGCAGAAGUAUUUUCUCAUAUCUUUUUCCUAUGUCCUAUUAAGUAAGGGCACGAACUUUGUGUCUUUUUUAAAUAGAUGUUUUUAUGUUUUUCCUUGUAUGUGCUGCUAAUAGUGCUUUAAAAAGAAAGCUAAAAAUCUGUCAGUGUGUUUUUGUUCAAUUUGUUUGAAUUUCUCAGGUAGAAAGCCAUGUAACCUGGUAAUUUUGAAAAUAAGAACCAAAUAAAUGUAUUUUCAUUUGUUGCAAGACCGUUCAAAAUGUUAACUUUCAAAUAAAUGCUGGUAAUUCCACUUUGGGGGGUUGGGAUUUCUACCUGUAGUUUGCUGCUUUGCACUAACUUUGCUGAUCCUUUUUGUCAUUUGCAUUGGUAGAGAAAUAAUACAUAUCUGAUUUUCAGAUUAAUAAAA